AUGCAAGUGAUGGAGCCUGAUUUGACUGUGAGGCAGUCAGAAGACGCUGCCUGCGAUGUCAUUCUCCCAUUCCAGUCCAUUGCAGUAUUCCACAAGGUCCACUAUGGUACUGUUGAUAAUAAUGGCAUGUUGGGCGUCAAAGCCAAUGUCAGGCAUGCUCUAUUUCACAAUGUCAAGGACUCUGUGGCGGAGAAGGAGAAUUGGAUUCCUGAAAAGUGUCCAUGCUCACCUUGCCAGGACUCUCCGGAUGGGAACUCGCCCAUCAAAAACUCGCCUAUCAAAAGACUCGUCACAGAUCGUUGGGAUGCUGAAAUAAAAUGGUGUGAGGAGGCGAGAAAGGCGCAUCUAUUGGAAGUUCAACUGGCUGCUCAUGGUUUGACCGGAUUUUCUCAAAUUGUCACUAAUAUCACAAAGAGGUUUUUCCUGAUGCAUGGUGUCAGGAAUAGCCCACUGCAGCAUGAUGAUUUAUCUUGGUCACCUGCAGAGAUUUCCUACACCAUCGUCAGACCUCAGUCACCAGGGAUUUCCUACACCAUCACCAGAUCUUCGUCGCCAAGGGCCGUUUUUAUAUGGUGGUGGACAGCAGCAGACACCUGCACCACUUAUUGUUCUCCAGACGACUAUCAGCAACAACCCUAUCUGUUUUGUCAGCAACAGGCAGCACCGCAAAUGAAUCAAGGUCCAUACCAGCAUGGCUCCCAUAUGCAUGAUGAACAAUUGCAGAAUCUUAACACUAUGGUUGUGAAACUUGUCUUGGUGGUAGCGAAGCUGGAAGAGAGCAACCAGCAAACUCUACUGGUUAAUGCACAAUGCUCUGUUGCUGAUGAAGCACUUACCUCAGAUGUGAAGACUUUAACCCAUCAAUUUCAAACCAUGCAGACUGAGCUAUCGCAACUUACUAUGAAAUCGCACAAGAAGUCCACUGGGAAAGACAUUUCCAAUGAUCAUCCCGCACUAAAAGCAUUAGGAGCCAUAAAACCGCUGGAUAGUGGGGAGCCUUACAAGAGAAGCAAAUCCACGGACAAGGUGAUCUGGCACCCAAACUGGAUGGGUCAAGUAGACGAGAGCGUGAAUGCAAAGUUCAUAAAAGAAGUUGUGGAGUGUGUCUAUAAUGAUGAGAAGCACUGCUGUGAAAGCCUCCAUGCGAAGGGGGAGAUCCCUGAUGAGGACUUUAAUAUGCAGGUCAUUAUGCAAUGCACAAAGGAUUACUUUCGUAACAUACACAAGCAGGUGUUGAGCUGUAGCGAUGUCGACAAGGCCAAGAAGGCCCAAGAGAAGAAGGAUCAAAUUCAUCAGUGGACUCGUCGUCAAACAGCUACAAAAAACUGUCGGCUAGCAGCAGUCGACUGGGAAAAAGAGACUGGUAACACUGGAGCAGUUGCGAUGAUAGAUACAGAUUAUGCAUCCAACAUCUUGUUGUAUGACGAGGGUAAUCUGAGCGAGGACAAGUUGAGCUGGAGAGUGAAGUCUGGAGCAGGCAAAGGUGCAAACAUGGCGAUAGGGUUGGAAUGGUGUUCUUUUGAUUAUGUCUCAUUUUUGCACUUCCUAACACUCCGAAGCAUGAGGAAUCCAGCAGACAACAGCAAGAAGACAUCAUUGGAUACCAACAACACAACAACUUUGAAUCAACAAACCUCUGAGUGUCUGAACAAGCGUCGCAGGACCACAGAGGGCUGGGACAAGAAGUUGAUAAAGAAGACCUUUGACCUCAACCCCAAUCAAAUGAUCAACCACACACCAAAAUCUGCCAAGGGUAACUUGCCAUUUGAGAACAUGGUUGCCGAUAAAUGGAGGCAAACUCACCCAGAUAUGAAGAUGCUUGAAGGGGUUGAGUGGCUCAAAGGGUUUUGGGGUCGGACAGACAAAGAGGAGUUCCUUGAGGAAGACUGGGACUAUUUGGUGGAGCUCAACAAGUGGCACAUCAAGCAGGAUGGUGCAAGUGACUCAGAAUCAAUUGUUGCCCAAACCUUGGUUCUGUCCUCUCCAAUUGAGACUGUUGUCAUCCCUAGCUGA